CAGGGUCAGAGUGAGAGCCACAUGCAAGGCAAAAUGAUGGAGGAGCAGAAAAGCCCUGAGUAAGCAGAGGGAGUUGGUCACAGAGGCAAUGGAGCAGCCGCCUGGAGAGCAGUGCCGCUGGGAGAGUGCGCGGCCCCGGGGAGAGGUGGAAAGAGAGAGCAAGCGCCUGAGAGGCUGAUGGCUUCCCUGUUCCAGGCUCCAGCCCCCAUGCCUCCUGCCUGCACGGCCUUCCCGGUGUUCAAGAAAGCGAGUCCAAAUGGAAAGCUCACCGUCUAUCUGGGAAAACGGGACUUUGUGGACCACAUUGACCUCGUGGACCCUGUGGAUGAAGAAACCCACCAGCUGGGUCUGUGAGGCCAACCUGCAGAUGGUGUGGUCCUGGUGGAUCCUGAGUACCUCAAGGAGAGGAGAGGACCUGGAUGUCCUGGGCCUGACCUUUCGCAAGGACCUGUUUGUGGCCAACGUGCAGUCCUUCCCGCCAGCACCCGAGGACAAGAAGCCCCUGACGCGGCUACAGGAGCGCCUCAUCAAGAAGCUGGGCGAGCACGCCUACCCUUUCACCUUUGAGAUCCCUCCAAACCUCCCAUGCUCUGUGACGUUGCAGCCGGGGCCUGAAGACACAGGGAAGGCCUGUGGUGUCGACUAUGAAGUCAAAGCCUUCUGUGCAGAAAACCUGGAGGAGAAGAUUCACAAGCGGAAUUCUGUGCGCCUGGUUAUCAGGAAGGUUCAGUAUGCGCCCGAGAGGCCUGGACCCCAGCCCACAGCUGAGACCACCAGGCAGUUCCUCAUGUCGGACAAGCCAUUGCAUCUAGAGGCCUCUUUGGAUAAGGAGAUCUAUUACCAUGGAGAGCCCAUCAGCGUCAAUGUUCACGUCACUAACAAUACCAACAAGACUGUGAAGAAGAUCAAGAUCUCGGUGCGCCAGUAUGCAGACAUCUGCCUUUUCAAUACAGCCCAGUACAAGUGCCCUGUGGCCAUGGAAGAGGCUGAUGACACAGUGGCACCCAGCUCGACAUUCUGCAAGGUCUAUACACUGACGCCCUUCCUGGCCAACAACCGAGAGAAGCGGGGCCUUGCCCUAGACGGGAAACUAAAGCAUGAAGACACGAACCUGGCUUCCAGCACCCUGUUGCGGGAAGGAGCCAAUAGGGAGAUCCUGGGCAUCAUCGUUUCCUACAAGGUGAAAGUGAAGCUGGUGGUGUCUCGGGGCGGCCUGUUGGGAGAUCUUGCAUCCAGUGAUGUGGCUGUGGAACUGCCCUUCACCCUAAUGCACCCCAAGCCCAAAGAGGAACCCCCACAUCGAGAAGUUCCAGAGAACGAGACGCCUGUAGAUACCAAUCUCAUAGAACUUGACACCAACGAUGACGACAUUGUGUUUGAGGACUUUGCCCGCCAGAGACUGAAAGGCAUGAAGGAUGACAAGGAGGAAGAGGAAGAUGGUACGGGCUCUCCACUGCUCAACGACAGAUAGACUGGGCAGCCUCCCCUGGCAGCGCCAGGUCCACCCCACGCACUAGGAUGCUUACUCGUCUUCUCCCUGUUCUGGCUCCCCUCUUCUUUGUUCUUCCAGUUUCUGCCCAGGGCCUCGCCGUCCUCCAGGCCGUGGUUCCUGGAGCCAUGCCUCAGGACUGGCCCCACAUCAGCAUGUCAGCAGGGCCGCCCAUGCCACGUUCACCCCCUCACUGCAGUCACCUCUCCAUCCCUCCUCUUUUCCUGCUGACCCCCAGAAAGGCCACCAUGGCUCUGACCUUGGAAUUUGACUUGGGAUGGGGGGCAGAAUGGGACACAGGGCUUGGACAGGUGGGGAUGAGGGCUUAGGACACAUGAGAGGAUGUCCACAGUCCCAGGUGGUUAACACAGUUCUGGCAGCUAAAAGAUGACCACAUGAAGGCCACCCUCUUCUGGAGGGAGGGGCAGACUGUGGACAGAUUCUCAAUGCCUCUGUGCAAUUCAGACCCACCAGACCCUCUCCCCUUGCACCCCCUUCUCCACUGCAUGUCCCUCAGUGUGGACAGUGACUUUGAUGAAGGUUCGUAGGCCCCAGGAGUUCGAUGGACAGACUUUCUUACCAGCAGUUACUUAGUCUAAAGCAAGCUGUGUGAACUAGCCAAGUCUAUCUCAGUAUUGUCAGGAUGUAACACCCCAGAUACCUUGUAUCUUAUGUGUGUCUUCUAUCUAUAAAUAGUCAGAGAGAGAAAGGAGGGGCCUUCAGAGAGCACCAACUCCUAUCAGAGGGAGCCAGAGCUCCUGUGAGGUUUCCUGAGGGUGGCUCUGAUAGAUGGUGACAGGGAGGGGAGGGGAAAGAUCUGCCCUGUCCCCUGCUUUUGUUGCCUUACGAGCGAUCAGCAGUCCCUCAGGGAAGCAAGGUCACGGGUCCAGAGGGAGCCCGAGCCACCAGGGUCCUCCUGCCUUCCCUUGAAGAUCUCCAGGGCUGGGCUGGGCUGGCCCUGCAGGCUGGGGGGAAGUGCCUGAGGCCACGGUACCCACAGUCAAAGAGGGUCCUUCCUCAGAAGGUGGCAGGGUCUGUCGAGAUGCCCUCACCUACAGGGAAGGGAGCUGCUGGGUAGCAAAGAGCCCCUUGUUUCCCCUUGGAGAACUGGUGACCCCUCAGUUCCCAGUGUCAUGGGUACCAGGACCCACUGGUUGAUGUUGGUGUGAUUGGGACCUGGGGUGUUCCCAGGACAACAGGAUGAUGAGGUAGAAUGUGUUGAAAGGCAACUAUGAUUAUCUGGCCUUUGAUGCUCACUUAACUGUGUCACCUUGGGUGAGUUCCUUUCCCUCUCUGGGCCCCAGUUCUUUACCCAGAAAACCAAGGAUUUUGACCAUAUGAUCACAAAGGGCCUUCCGAGCUCUGGCCUCUUAAGAAUUUGUGGACAUUAGAGCUUCUGGCCUGGUGGGUGGGCCAGAGCCACUGAUGCUGGUCCAUCUGCCUGCUGAGGGUAUUCAUUGGACCCCACAGGAGAGCGUCAACCCCUGCCCUUCCACCCAUGCCUGCCACACCAGGCCUGGGAAGUGCCCAUCUUGGACCCCUGGAGAGUCACCUGAUGUCAUGUUAUAGCCAUUAACUAGCAUGAGCUGCAUGGCCCUAGAGCCUGAGUAUGACAGAAGAGCACAACUUGUAUUUGCUGAGGUUUGGAGUGAGGGUAGCCAGGAGUAGGGGGGCUUUUCAUAGGGCCUCAGUACCUCACAGACACCCUGAGGUUUACCUCAUACUCAAGGAAAUGUUCUGAUUAGCAGGUCAAGGGAUCUAUCUCUCCUCCAUUCCUGCUCCCUUCUAUCUCUGUCCUAUACUUGCCUGAAGAGGGAGAAGACAAAAUUUUAUUAUGCCAGAUGGGUCUCAACCCUUUUCAGUCCAGCCCCACCUGGGGUAGGUAUAACGAUUUUCUAUGGUGAAAUUACCCAGUUCCCAUGCCUGGCACUGCCCCCCAGACCUCCCUUCUGAACCUCAUGAAGACUCAACCCUAGGAACCUCUACCCCAUGUCAGAACCAAGUCAGCUCGGGGCAGCCACCCACCCGUGGCCAGUCCUGGGGUCCCAGCUGCAGGUGCCCUUGGCAUCCAGCCCCUAUCAGAGCUCGCCGGGCAGUUCACACCUUGUUUGGGCAGCUGUAGAAGUGAAGUGCUAAACAACCGUGUGCUCUCCAGUGUCUUACUCUGGCCCCUUUGGGCUGGUAUAAGACCCUUUAGGAUUUGGGGUGAUCAUUGCCCUACACACAAACCUCUCCCCCCAUUCCUAACCCAUACACACAAAAGAUUUGCCAGGCUGGUUUCUUGUGCUUCUUCCACAUCAAAAUCCCACUUGCCGUCUGAGUUUCUCCUGACAUUUACCUGAAAUUUCCCAGCUGCUGGAUGCAUCAGAGCCCCAUCCAGACUUUUACUCUUUGGUGCCAGGACUGCAGAGGUGGUCAAGUUCUUUUGGAUUUGGCUUUACCAUCCUUGGCGGACAACUUCUCUGCUCAAUGCCAAGCACUGGAGACACAGCGAUGAGUCAGUCCCAGCCCCUGUCCUCAGGAAGCUCAGGGUCAGGGGACAGUUACAGGGGGAAGUAACAGGGAGCCAUUGUAUUCAGGGCUCCAUGGCUGCUGCUGGGCUAUAUAGUACCUUGAUGUGAAUUAGAAAUUGUGCCCCUUCCAUAUGGAUUCAGCCCAUGUUAGGAGGCACAGCUUUGAGUGGCACGUGGGCCAGAGUUGAACCCUGCCUGCCCCUGGGCUCAUCACCCUCCUGCACAGCCGUGCACUGCAGCCCAGUGGGACUCUUGUGCCAGAGUGUUUCCUUUGGCCCCUUCCUGAGGGAAAGGCCCACAGCAUCUUUCCAAGUUUCUGGUCAGCUCCAGCCCACACCCACCCUGCAGCCCCAAACAUCACGGAAUCUUUGCCCUGCAGGGUUCCUCUCCAUCUGGAGUCGGUCAGGUGAGACUUCAGAGUAAAACUAGGGGUGAGGGGGCCCUGCUGUGCGACAGACAUCUGCAGUGUUGGCUCUUUCUGCGCACAUUAUCAUGGCUUGUGCUGACCAUGCAGCUCUACAGUGGGACUUCCGUUGGGCCAUGUGGGUUAUAGGUAGCAGUCUGGGCAGGAAAGAAGAGCAAAAAUCUGCAGGCAGAGGGCCAGCUGGACUUCCUCAUCAUUCCAACCACAAGAAGAGUUCAGUCUCUGUGAAGUUAAGGACUGAAUGACUUGGCUGGAUUCCAUAGGUCUCCUCAGGCUCAAAGCCCAGACAGGUGAACUUGACCUCACCCAUGGUGCUGGUUCAGCUUGGGGAGUUGCCAGCAAGCUGGUUCGCACAGGGUGCAGUGAAAAGUAUGCUGGUUUGGAAAGUCACAAUGCCUCUCAGUCCUGGUUUGUCACCAACCAGCUGAGGAGCCUUGAGCAAGUUAUUCAACCUCUUGGGCUCAGUUUCACUAACUGUAAAGUGGGACAGCAAUCUCUUCCCCACCUGACUCAAGGAAUUGUGAGGCCCUGGUGAGAUGAGUCACCUCUGUAGGUUGCAAAUGGCUGCACAGCUCAUGGCCCUGCCCCUGUGGGGGAGUAGCUCAGGGUCACAUAGGAAGUUACUGGGCUGAGCCCUCCUCCCACUAGUCUUCAUCUCUUGCGCCCUUCUUGCUUAGAUGUCAACCAGAAUGAGAAGCAGCCAGUUGGGCUUUGGUAGCCCAGCUGAAAGGGAAAUUCAGGCACUAUUUAGGAAUGAUAUGCCCAUGGACGGUGGUUCCAGCAACUACAACAGAAAGACAAGACAAAGAUAUUGUCAGUGAUUGGGACAGGGGCAUGUACACUCCCUGAAGUGUCACCCACACUUCCCAUCUCUCAGACCCCACAGAGGCCAAGAAGCCUUGGCUCCGAUCCCAGGCUAGGGAGAGCCACCAGCCCCCAGGCCCAGGGAGGGUCAAGCCACCCCUACAUCAAAGAACUGUAAAUGUGAGGUGGAAUGGCAGUUGCCUGCUCAUUCCCUUCAAAGUAUAAGGCCCCCUCAAGGGUCUACCAGAGCUGCCAAUGCUUCUUGGUGGCACUUGGGAGGGAUUCGCGCCUACAGAAAAUCCAGGCCUCCCUCUCUGAGAACUGACCCCCAGCUGACCCAUCUCCCAUUGGUUCUAGCAGCCCAUAAAGGCAGCUUCUCCUGCCAGCAACUGGGACCUGGAUACUACCCAUCCUGGAGGAAGGCAGUAGGCCCUCCAUCUUGAACUCAUAGGAUCUCAAGGAUAUAGGCCUCUGCUUGUUCUGAUGUUUCUCUUUUUAAAGUCAACAAGGACCAAAAUGGACUUUCCCCACCCUUUUGCAUAAGCCUGCAUUGGGCCUGGCAUUUUGCCACCCUGGCCCGGGAAGCUCAUCACUUUUGCCCUCCCUCCAGGAGCAAGCUCCAUCGCUUUGGGGCUACCUGUGGAGCGUGAUCCUCACCCCUACCAGUUCCCUGCAGGGUUACUGCACAGUGGCCUCAAAGAGAGGCCCACUGAAGGGGGAGAUCCUACCACCAUCACACUCUGCCAACUCUUCACCCUGAAAGGGAAGUCAAAGCACAGGUCCCCAGGACCCAUGACCUACAGACACUAUGACACAGUGGUUUUCAAACCAGGUGCUGUGGAACACCUGGUGGUCCACAGAGCUUUGUCAGGGGCUGCUAAAGUGGGAAGAUGGGGGUGAAGACAAAGGAUAAGUCUUCAGUCCUCCCCCAGUCCCACUUCCACCAGAACAGCUCUGCUUUUGUCUAUUUUGCCUAUUGAGGUUUCACCUUCAAAUUUUUGUUUUGAAGAAAAACUUCAAACCACCAUUGGUUUGAUCUUAGACCAGCAAGCCAGUUUCUAUUCUUGCUUUUCAUGUUGGAAUGGCUCUACUAUUCCAAUACAAAGGAUCUUUGUAUUGGAACUUGGGUCACAGACCCAGGCCCAAGCAUUUGUUUAUUCACACAGACAUGCAUGUGUGCAUAUUUCAUGGUCUUGUAGCCCACCCACCCAGAAACUCUCACCUGGAUUUGAUCUGGGCAGGGUCCUGGUGCUCAGUGAGGAUGGAUCUUCACCCUGAUAUUGGCCACACAGCAUAGGGGACCAUAGAACAAGGAAGCAGGCCCAGCCCCCACCCCACAACUUGUGUCUGCACCCCAAUAUGAUCCUGUGCUUCCCUGGCCCAGGCCCAUGGGGUGGGUGAUGGGACAGAAGAAGAAACUAGAAUCAGAUUCCUCUUCACAGUCAGCCAGAUGGAUAAAAGUCCAAGUUUUCAUUAAAAAAAUUCCCAGGGAGGACCCUGUGAGGGCAAGAUCUCUCCAGAAACUUCUAAGCAGCAGGUUUCCCUUGAGCAGUUCUAAUAGGCUUCCACUCCUAUGUUUGUGGACCAAGUGUGGAGGCAGCAGGAGCUGCCUGAAGAGGUGCUGGUCCUUCACCUUCAGUCUGUUGGAUUCUCUCCCUACCAACCUGCCUGGGCCCCUCACCUGGGCUAAGGGGUAGGUGGGCACUUUGGUGGGACUUGGGCCAGCCCUUGGCACAGAAUCCUUCCUGGGCCCCCCACUCAGGGCAUUUGAGGUACAAAUGUGAGGCUCAGGGCACAGCAAGCCACAUGGCAUGGGAGAAAGUGCCAACAGGUGUUCUACAUUCUGCCCAAGCAUGCUCUUGGGAACCCCACUGACCUCAUUUUCCCUGUGUGUAAGAUGGGGUUAGUGCCAGGCUCUGCCCACCUUACAGGGAUUAUUACAAGGGAGGGUCAUAGGAGAGGCAUGUAUGAGAGGUGGUGUCAUAUGACAGGUGGGAGCCGCACAAAUUUGGGGUGCAGACCUGCAGAGCACUCAGGAAUGAGUAUAGGAUGUGCCGUCUUCCUUGGGCAUCUCUGCUCAGUAUUAAGAUCUAGUCACAGAUGCUAUCGUGGGCCUUCCUCUUCCUAGCCAUUGGGAGAAGUAUGCAGCCUGGCACAGUGACUAUGUGUGGAUCCUGGGCACAGGGAGUGACAGAUGUCUGGGACAGGUCUCCAGGUCUGUAGCCCUGAUGUUAAGUGAUUAUUUUGUGACUCUCAUUCCUGGGCCACCUGUCAGGUUUAUCUGUUGUACCUGUGGCAUUCCUUGAUAUGUCAGAUAAGUUAUUGCAGUUUAUUCAAUUCUAACAAAACAAAUGAACAAAAGAACCAUAAAAAGGAGACCAUUAAAGGUCUUUUGUGACAGA